AAUCAUUUUGAAGCAAACUUUGGCAAAGCCUCUCGUCAAGUUUCCAACAACAAUCGUUUGCGGUUCGUCAUCCGAGGAUCGUUCAUUUCCACGUGCAAGAUGACGUUUCGUUUAACGUGUCUUCUCAUCUUCUUGAUAGUCUCCGCAUCCGCAGUAGACUCUACUUCUACGGCCGAACUAACAACGGAAACAGCACCAGUAACUGCGCCAACAGGUCCAAACUUUAAAUGCCCGUCUGGAGACGACAUAAACGAUGAUGGUUGCAAUAACAGAAAACAAGGAGUUUCGGAUGGUACGGAAUUGUGUGCUGCUGAAAAUAUUUGUUACCGAGAUAUGAUGAAAAACUCCGGAGUAUCGACUUCUGCUUGUUGCGGUAGGCUAGGUGAUUUUUGCCCAAGUACUCGAUUGUUCUCAUACCAUUCUGGUGGACAAACCGGGUUUUUGUACAAAUAUACCGGAGAGGCGGACGAUCCGCGUUGGUACAAACGAGAUUAUCCACUAUCCGGAGAUGUUGCUUGUCCGAUUCCAUUCUCUUUCACACUGAAAAAUUCCAAUGUUGUUCCACUGACAUGGGCAGAGGAAGGAUUAGAGAAGUCUAAAGCAAAUAACCAAUCAUAUAAAGUUAAAACGUGCACUACCAACAGUGAAUGUGGAGAUGGAAACUUCUGUGAUUCAGUUUAUAACCCAACUUUCAAGAAUCAUAGAUUUUUGGAUAGAAGUGGUCCAAAAGAAUCAUCCUUGCAAUUCUGUUACAAACAACCAGACCUCAAGCCAGAUUUGAAGCAUGUUAAGGUUGAUUUGGGGCUGAAGCUGUGCCAUUACAACGAAGACUGUGGCAAUGAGACUGAAAUUUGUCACAUAGACAAUAUCACUGUGUAUGCCAAUGUUACGCAGCCGGAAAAAAUAGCCGUUCCAGGAAUAUGCGUUCACGUUGAUGUUUGCAGCGAGGCUGAUGAUGAAAAGACACAUGCAGUUCUUCCAGUCAAUUCACAGUUUUGCAAAGAGGACAUGCACUGUCAGAAUGCCGGAGUAUCCGCCAAUCAAACUGAGUACAGUCAUCAUUGCCGAUCGUAUUCUGAUCCAAACAAUAAAGUAUGCUGCUUCAAAAAGAAACCAAAAUGCAAACAUGGAACAGCAGAAACUCAAUCUCCAGUUGCUAACCUCAUGCAGUGCAAAAAGUACGAGGAUUGCGCUGGAGAUCUGAAGUCGGAUAAGAAGAGAUUGGAAUUGUGGUGUGACGAAAAAGUGAAUGUAUGCUGUAAAGAUAUAGGAUCCACUGUCACGAAAGACAAGCACGGAACUUGUUUGGACUAUGCAACACCAUUGUAUAAUGAGCCAAAGUGUGUAGAUGUUGUUGAAGGAAAGGAAAGUUCUGGAGUGUGCAAGACGAAGGGCGGAGUCUGUCGCUUUGGUCAUUGCUGCCCAUCACUUACCCUGACAAUUGCACCAUCUGGAAAUGGUACUGAGUCAGCGACGCCUACCUUGGGCCCAUAUCCAUACUUGACUAAUUAUCCGUGUGAUGCUAACAAACCUAUCCCAUCUCAAUUCAGCACCUAUGCAUUUUGCGAUCCUGACACUAAUCGCGUUGGUAUUUUGGGCAAAAGGCACUUAACUGGAGAAGAACGUACUGAGGUGAAGGGAUCGGCAUGCUCUUCUAACAAAGACUGCAAGUCGGGAACUGUUUGCGUGUAUGUUAAUAUCAAUAAACACGUCUGCUACUACCAUCCGCUGAAGAAAAUCGCCCGUGAUGUCAGUCAACCAUGGCUCUAUGUGCUCAUUAGCUUCCUCAUUUGCGGUUUUAUUUUUGUCAUUUUGGCAGUCAUGAGCUUCGUCUGCUACCGUUCGAAGUCUGUGUUUGACAAGUACAAGCCAAAGAAGAAGGGAGGAAAAAAGGGAAAAGACAGUGAUGGAAAGAAAGGAAAGAAAGGUGGAAAGAAGGGAGACGAUACUUCAAAGUCAAAGAGCUCCAAGUCAAAGACCAAGAAGACAGAGGCUGAUUCGACAAGCGGAACUACUGGUGAAGGAGCCACCAGCUCUCAGAUGAACUAGAUAUUUCCUUUUUAUGCAUCGAACAUUUGGGAAUAAACUUGUGUAUUUAUG